CACCACGUAGCACACCUCACAUCAACCUUACACAACACCCACACAACCUCGUCAUACACAAUGGAGAACGUUAACGGUGACCUCGUCGACCUCUACGUGCCACGAAAGUGCGCUGCCACUGGCCGAAUCAUCGAGUCCAAGGACCACGCCUCGGUUCAGAUCGCCGUCGGUGACGUCGACGAGAACGGCCGACUGAUCCAGGGAUCCUCGACCAUCUUCCCUCUGUCCGGUUACGUGCGACGAGCUGGAGAGGGAGACGACUCGCUCAACAGGCUGGCUACCAAGGAGGGUCUCCUCCGCGGUGUCUGGUCAUACGCCAAGUAAACUUGUCCGACGAUCUAUUCGGCAC